UCAAGUGGUGUAGAGUACGGUGUCAGUUUCACGACAUGUCAAAGCCGAUCGAAUCGACUACAACCGUUCCAUUGCACGACGGUGCAAAGAUACCGAUUAUUGGACUGGGUGUUUACCAAGCCGACGUCGGUGAAGAGACGCAGCAAGCGGUUCGCUGGGCCAUUAAACAUGGCUACAGACACGUGGAUACUGCCGCAUUGUACAGAAAUGAGGAAGAUGUAGGAAAGGGUAUUAAAGCCUCAGGAGUACCCAGAGACCAGUUGUUUGUUACUACCAAGAUUUGGAACUCAGCCCACGGAUAUGACAACACACUAGCAGCUGGAAGAGAAAGUUUGAAAAAGCUAGACAUUGGUUACAUCGAUCUGCUGCUAAUGCAUGCUCCUGGUAGUUCAACUGUAUCCACAUGGCAAGCUAUGGCAAAACUCAAGGAAGACGGUGUUUGCAAGUCAAUUGGUGUAUCCAACUUUGGUAUCCAUCAUCUCACAGAGCUACAGAAAGCUACAGGCAUCCUUCCAACAGUCAAUCAGUUGGAAUUAUCACCAUACCUUCAAAACAGAGAAAUUGUUCAGUACUGCCACGCCAAUGGAAUAGUUGUAGAAGGCUAUUCCCCACUCACGAAAGGUCGCAAGCUGAAUGAUCCACUUUUGGUUGAAAUAGCUAAAAGGUAUCCUGGUAAAUCGACAGCUCAACUGUUGAUCCGAUGGUCACUGCAACAAGGUUAUGUCACCAUUCCAAAGUCUUCAAAAGAGGAGCGUAUCAAAGCCAAUAUCGAUGUGUUUGACUUUGAACUGAGUCAAGAAGAUAUGGAUAGACUGGGACAGCUUGAAGAGCACCUAGUGACUGGGUGGGAUCCAACCACAUCUCCUUGGAACCCUUGAAGAAUGUUUGAAGACAUACACUUUUUGAUGUUGUGUUUAUAUAACUUAACCUGUCGCCAGCUGCAACUCUGUUUUAUCAUGUUUGUGAUGAUUAACAACAAUGCCUGUGAUGGAUUAUAAUAUAUUGCAAAGUGAUUUGACAUGU